UCUCUCUCUUUCUCACACAUACACACACACACACACACAAUAUUUAGGGACAGACCGAAGGCUUUUCUGGAAAUUUCCUCUUUAACAGCCUGAAACCGAAACUCCGCCCUGAUUGUGCUGAUUGUGCGCACGCGCAGUUCUCCGUCUAGUUUACUGCAGUCGAGCUGUGUUUCUCUGUGUCUUCAUGAGAUCUCCAGACCAGCACCAGACAUGAGUCAACAAGAACAGAUUCUGAAGGACUUCCUAAUUCCUGAUCUCAGUAAAGAUAAGCCAGAGGUCUAUCUCCGGAAGAUCAGAGAUGUUGCUUCUAAGCACCGCCAGUCAAAGAUUAAACUGAAAAAGAUGGGGAAGUACAGUUUUAAGGUGGGAUCUUUGGCAGAAACGUCAUACAAGAACGAACCUGAGAUGUUAGAGGAGUGGGAGCAGUUCUACCUGCCAGAUCACAUGUACAUGGAGGUGAUAGGAGUUCUUGAGAAGUUCUCCUGUAACUCCCCCAAUGAUGAGCUGGUGCUGAUGGUGUGUGAGGAUGGAAAGGUGUUUGCUUAUGAAGGUAACAGGCUGCAUCUCAUCAGUGACAGCCUAAAAGAUCUAUUCGAACAUGGCCUCCAGUUUCCAGGAAUCAAAGAAUACUACCGCGGUCAAAGCUUUGAGGACAUGACUGAUAAAGAAUGGGACAAGGUGAAGAAAUCCAAAGAAGCGAUGAAGAUGAUGAAGGAUCACCAGGAGAUGCUGGAGUGUGCUAAGGAUUCUUAUCUCACCAACCUGGACAUCAUCAUGGGGAGAGCACAAGGAGGGGCGAGUUCUGCUGGAGCGAGAGAUGAACCAAUUCCUGUUCAUCUGUAACACAAACCCCUUGCUCUGUCCUGUGUUUUCGUUUAAAGAAUACGAACACUAUGUUAAGAUUAGUGUAAGAGAUCAAACUCUGAAUCAUAAUUCAUUUGGAAAGUUGCACUUCUUCUUUUUCCUCUUCUUGUUCUAAAUAAAAGACGUGUUUAUACACAAAAACACAGAGAA